CCAGCCAGUCCUCCUCUGACCCAUCUACGCCUCUCCUUGCUUCGAAAUCUUCCAUUGACGCAAUACCCACCAUUAGAAUCGACCAGUCCCUUCUGAACGAUGACCCUUUUAUGCUCUGCGCCGUUUGCAAGGACCAGUUCGAGCUUGGCAUUGAGGCCAAGCAACUUCCCUGUAAGCAUCUCUACCAUCCCUAGGAGGCACGAUCUUCUGUUUUUCGCUGGGAAUGGUGGUAGCGGCGGAGUUCAGGGCUCAUUCUCUCCCAACCAGAUUGCAGAGGUGAGGACAGAGACAGAGAUGGGAGCGGUCUCCAGUUGUCCAGUUGCGGGUAGAGCUCAUAUAAAUGGUGAAGAUGGAGGGUUGAGUUUAAGUCCCGGGGUCAUUGAGGAGGGCGAUGUUGCCAUUUCUGAAAAUUUGAGGAAUUCAGUGGUUACCAGAGGGGUUUCUACGUUACCAGAGAUAUGGGGUGGUACAUUUUCUCCUACUCAAAUCUAGGCUCAGCUUCCAUUUCUGGGUCUCCCUUGCUCCAGAAUUUGAUGUGUCAGAGAUAGAGAGUCUUUUCUCUGCAACAGUCCCUAAACCUGCUGAUUCAGGGGGUAAAGCUGGAGGGCGUCGUAAGUCUACUGGAUCCAAAACUGACAAAGUUCACCUGGUAAUUGUAUAGAAAUUGAAUAUUUUUUCUAGCAUUAUUAUUAAGAAGACUCUUGCUUGAGCUUUCUUGAGAGGUCCCAGGCUCCUAGAAAUGCCUGUGUUAUCAUUCUUUUUCAUUUCUUCAUUUAAUUCAGCCAUAUAGUACUUAUUUUUGCCUAUUCUUCUUAGUUUUCUCUACUGUUAUGUGUUCUUUCUAUUUGGGUUCCUAUCAUGGUCCUUUCUGCUCUGUUCUUUUCUUUCUUCUUCUUCUUCAUCUUCUUCUUUGCUUUGCUGAUCUUGUUACAAUUGUUAGAUACAUUUCGUGAAUGAUUCAGUGUCCUUGUAAAAAAGGAUGUCCUUUCUCAUUGAUAUUUCUUUUUAUUCUUUUGCAUUCUUAUAUUUAUGAUGUUACUUCUGUCCCAUUUGUUUCCAUGUUACAUCCUGUAGAUUGACCUGAGGAGGGCAAACAACAUUGAAAUUAUGCUCACAAAAGUUAAGAUGCCGCUUCCUGAUAUGAUGGCUGCAGUGCUAGCGAUGGAUGAAUCAGUAUUAGAUGUUGAUCAGGUGGAAAAUCUAAUAAAAUUUUGUCCUACUAAAGAAGAGAUGGAACUUCUCAAGGGUUACACAGGUGACAAGGAGAGCCUGGGAAAGUGUGAACAGUAUUUUAUGGAGUUGAUGAAAGUUCCUAGAGUGGAAUCAAAAUUGCGAGUGUUCUCUUUCAAGAUUCAGUUCAACUGCCAGAUUUCAGAAUUUAAAAAGAGUUUGAACACUGUGAACUCUGCAUGUGAAGAGGUCCGGAAUUCCCUCAAAUUAAAAGAUAUUAUGAAGAAAAUUCUUUUUCUGGGUAAUACUUUGAACCAAGGGACUGCAAGAGUGUGAAUGUAGAAUAAAAAAGCUUCGCCAUGAAGAUAGCACAUUAAGAAUGAUUAGAAA